AUGGAAACUAUUCAGAGACUACAAUACUUACCAACAACAUCAUCAGUGGUACCUGUAUCAUCAUCACAGAAAGUAUCUCUAGGAGUGACUAAUGCAGAAUCAGAUACAGUAGCAGAAAAUGCAGCAGAAGUACCUAAAGAAGCAAUACUAACAGAAGUAGAAUCAACAGCAGCAUCAGAAGAACCACAUUCAGUAGCAGCAGAAGUAACUCCUCCAGCAUUAGAACCAGCUCCUACAGCAGUAACACCAUCUCCCUCACCAGCAGUAGCAGCACAAACUACUUCACCAGCAAUAGCAGAAGAAACACCAUCAGCAACAGCACAAGCAACUCCUCCAGCAGUAGAACCAGUUCCUAUAGCAGCAGCACCAUCUCCCACACCAGCAGUAGCAGAACCAACUCCUUUACCAGUAAUAGCAGAAACAACUCCUCCACCAGCAGCAACUAAACCAACUUCACCAACAGCAGAAACAUCACCAGCUCCUCCUCCAUCACCUUCAAGAGUAGCAGAAAAGAAUAGACCAGUCACAAGACUGCAAUACUUACCAACAACAUCAUCAGUGGUACCUGUAUCAUCAUCACAGAAAGUAUCUCUAGGAGUGACUAAUGCAGAAUCAGAUACAGUAGCAGAAAAUGCAGCAGAAGUACCCAAAGAAGCAAUACUAACAGAAGUAGAAUCAACAGCAGCAUCAGAAGAACCACAUUCAGUAGCAGCAGAAGUAACUCCUCCAGCAUUAGAACCAGCUCCUACAGCAGUAACACCAUCUCCCUCACCAGCAGUAGCAGCACAAACUACUUCACCAGCAAUAGCAGAAGAAACACCAUCAGCAACAGCACAAGCAACUCCUCCAGCAGUAGAACCAGUUCCUAUAGCAGCAGCACCAUCUCCCACACCAGCAGUAGCAGAACCAACUCCUUUACCAGUAAUAGGAGAAACAACUCCUCCACCAGCAGCAACUAAACCAACUUCACCAACAGCAGAAACAUCACCAGCUCCUCCUCCAUCACCUUCAAGAGUAGCAGAAAAGAAUAGACCAGUCACAGUAAGUAAAGUAUCACCUUUGUCUCAUGAUGAAGUGAUACCAAAUGAUUUGGGAAAACAUGUUCCUAUAAAACUUGUGGACAAUGGUACGUUCUGA